AUGUCCUCCGAAAUAUUCUCUUCGAUCCUUUCCCCGUCGAAUCAGCCAGGCUCAAUGGAGCGAGUUGAGCUCUCGUCUUCGCAACUCGCUUCGUCUUCAGGAACCUCAUUGCCAACAACGCCAUCGCCCCAUCCUCGCGGGACGGCCGCCGACUUUGUCAAGGCUGAUUGGACACUCUGGGGCCGUCAGGAGUGGGCGAAAUGGCCGGGAUUCGAGCGUUAUAUUGGCGGCCAGGACACGAGGGCGUGGUGGCAGCAAUUUGGGUAUCGUGUUGAGGACCGUUCCACCUCGCGCCAGGGCAAUAAGCUGAAGUGGAUCUGUGCGGACUGCUUCGCCCGAGGCUUUAAGAAGAAGUCAGACUUCUGCUUCGUCUGCUCGACCGGGGCCGCCAUCAAGAAGCACCUUCGCCAAGCCCACGGGAUUCUGGCCCCAAACGAAGUUGCCCGCGGCAUGGGGGCUUCAUCUCUAGAUCACCAGAAAAUCACCCACUUCAUCGACGCCGACGUUAAUAACCCUCACGACCAGUUCCUUAUCGGCAAGUUGCGUGGAAGAUUCAGCAGCAAAGGGCUUCGGAUUCUCGUCCUCGACUGGAUUACCUACCAUAAUUUGCCGUUCGACAUCGUCAAUACCGAGCGGUUCCAGCGAAUCCUUCUCUACGGCAAUCCGCUCCUUGAUACGGCCCAUAUUCCCUCCGCGAAGACCCUUCUUCGCAUGCUCGAAUCUGAGUAUAAGGGCGCCGUGGGGCCGGUGACCGAAGUGUUGCGUAGCGCUCGAUCCCAAAUCCAUUUCUCCUUCGACGGUUGGACAUCCAAGUCGUAUACUUCAUUCCUCGGGAUCAACGCUCAAUUCAUCGAUCAUAACUUCGUUCAACACCCAAUUCUCCUUGGGCUUCGACCUCUCUCGGGCAGACACGACGGCGCAUCGCUUGCCGAUGAGGUCGCUGAUACGCUCGCAUUCUGGCAGAUCAACGACCCUGACAAGCUUGGGUACUUCACACUCGACAAUGCUGCCAACAACGACACCUGCAUGGAAGAUCUUGCCUUCGAACACGACUUCUCUCCCGAAGAGCGACGGAUUCGCUGUGCCGCGCAUAUCUUCAACCUCUGCGUGCGGGCUUUGCUCUACGGGUCGAAGCGAGAGAAUUUUGCUGCAAUUGUCGCGGCGGAUGGCGACGACCAGGAUGUGGAUGAGCAGCAGAUUGACCACGCUAUCGACGAGGCCCUGGAUGGAGAGAUGGACAACGAGGACGAGGAGAUGCAAGCCGAUGCUGUCGUACACCCAGAUGAAGACUUCAUGUCGUCCCACCCAGCUCCAGAGGAGAUAAACGCGACCAGUUUCAGGGAGUAUGGCCAGUAUGGCGCGCCGGGAAUGCUUCAUAACAUCGGGCUUCAGCUGCGAGCAAGUCCACAACUCUAUGAGCAGUUUCGUCGGUCUCAGCGUAAGGAAUCCGGCAAGGAAUCCACGCUCCACUGGGUCUUUAACAACGCCACCCGGUGGGACUCGGACAUGCGUAUGAUGGAGAGAGCCCUUCUCCUCCGGCCGGCGCUCAAUACGUUUUUCAAUGACGUUCAGAACCGGUGGGAGACGGAGAGCGCUAGCGAGAACACGAAGCCAGCAGUUCUACAGUACCGGUUAAGUGCGUAUGACUGGAAGGUCAUCGAGAUACUUGUCAAGCUUCUGAAACCGUUCGAAAUCGCCACAAAACAACUUCAGGGAAUUGGUAUUCCCGGAGCGAGGUCCACUUGUGGAAGUUUCGAUGAAUACUUCCCUGUCUUCGAGAUCCUCCUUGAUCACCUCGAAAGUGCCAUUGAAGGUACAAUAUUGGAAGAGGUUGAGGAUCCAGUGAGCAAGGAGAAGAGGGAUGUCGAAGUUGCCAUCUUCGACGGACUUGACAACAAAACUCGGAAAUUGCUCAAGGUCUUUAUCAAGCUUGGAUGGAAGAAGUUGCAUAAAUACUACAGCCGUCUGACUAGCGCCGCCUAUGUAGGCGCUGUUGUUUUCAACCCGGCGAAGAAAUGGCGUCUUCUAGAUCAACUUUGGUCCCGGGUACCGUCCCGUAAGACCAAGACUUGGCGAUCGGAGUACGAAGAAAAACUGCUGGAGAUCUGGGAGAGGUAUAAGGAGCGCGAAGUUGGCUGUGAGGUGACCGCUUCGACUGACGGGGCCUCGAUGGAUUACAUCGAGCGGAGGCUUGCAAGGAGUGUAGCUGGACCAUCAGGUACCCAGACUUCGCCCUUUGCAGCGUCCUCGCGCGGGGGCAAGAACACCCGAAAGACAAAACAGUCGGCAGCGGGAGUGAUGGCUGACGAUGAAUAUGCUCGGUACUGCGCUGAGGAUGUUGUAAACAGUCACAACUACAGGAGCAGGCCGAUUGACUGGUGGAAAAAUAACGGUCAUCGGUACCCGCGACUGUCUCUAAUGGCAGUUGAUAUGCUGACUAUUCCAUCGUCUUCCGCGGAGAGCGAGAGGACGUUUAGCAGCUCUGGACGUAUGAUGGUGCCAUUGCGGAGCCGACUGAGGAGGGAGAUAGUGGCGAUGGCUCAAUGCAUUCGAUCAUGGAGUAAAGCUGGGAUCUACACACCCUCAUUGCCGCUUCUUAGCCUGAGUGAAGAUACCUGGACUGACAUCCUUGUGUCGCUCAAGGAUACGGGUGACAUUUAA